CAGAAAGUGUAUACAUCCAAGAAUUCUAUGUCUAACUAAAAAAUCAUCUUACAAAUAUCAAAAAUAUUGUAUUAAAAAUCAAAGUGUAGUGUUUAAUAAAAACUGAUUCAAAAUGGUACCAAUGCCUAAAAAACGUGCAAAUCCAAAUAUAUUAGUGACAGGUACACCUGGUGUUGGUAAAUCUACGUUAUGUCGUACAUUGGCUACAGAAACUGGAUUAAAUUGGUUGGAUGUGUCGAAAUUAGCUAAAGAACAAAAUUUUUUGGAGGAGUUUGAUGAGGAAUAUAAGUGUCCCGUUUUGGAUGAAGAACGGCUAUUGGAUUACAUGGAACCGAUAAUGGCCGACGGUGGAAAUAUCGUCGAUUAUCACAGCAGUGAAUUCUUCCCAGAACGUUGGUUCGAUGUCGUUUUUGUUUUACGCACAAAUAACACAGUGCUCUACGAUCGUUUGGCAAGCCGUGGAUAUUCUGGGAAAAAAUUGGAAGACAACAUAUCCUGUGAAAUAUUCCAAACAGCUUUAGAGGAAGCCACUUCAUCAUACUCACCGGAUAUUGUUGUUGACAUGGAGAGCAACACUCAACAACAGUUGGAGGAUAAUGCAAUCUGUAUUAUCGGUUGGGUACAUUGGUGGCGAUUAAAUAAUAACGAUUGAUCUAACGACUUAUCCCUCCGAUAUUUUUAUUAAAAAAUUAAUGUAACAUAAC